AUGAACAUCAAAACAGCAAAGUUAUGGCCUUUUUCUGUUGUAACAGGAAAUACAGAAAAUUUGGAUGUAAUGUGUAAAUGUGUAAAUGAAACAGAUGACACAUGUCAUAUAUUUAUUAGAGUAGUUCUUUUAAUGAAAUCUGAAAAACUUUUCCAAACAAAACUUUGGAUGUCAAUCCCAUAUUCGUUACCACUUACGACAUUAAAACCAUUUUUAAGUGAUUAA